CGGCGAGUACAGGUGCGUGCGGAGAAACAAAAACCAAGAAAUGCCUCAUUCCAUAAACAAAGAACUGAUACUUGGCAUCAUGGUGGGAACUACUGGAAUCAGCUUGCUUCUUUUGUGGUACCACAAGGUUCGUAAACCAAGGACCGCAAUGAAUUUACCUAAAUUUCUUUCUCUGGGUAAUACAUUUCAUUCAAUGACUUUGCAAGAUGAAGUGCGUAAUGGCCAAGGAACAGCAGCGAUCUUUCAAGGAAGGCAAAUUCAGAUAUUGGAGAAGUUAAAUGAAUUACUGACAAAUAUGGAAGAACUCAAAGAAGAAAUCAGAGUUCUUAAAGAAGCCAUUCCAAAGCUGGAGGAAUAUAUACAAGGUGAACUUGGAGGGAAGAUAACUGUUCAUAAGAUAAGUCCUCAGCACAGAGCUAGAAAAAAAAGACUUGCCACAGUUCAAAGUUCCGGGACAAGUAAUAGUUCAGAGGAAGCAGAAAGUGAAGGAGGGUAUAUUACAGCUAAUACUGACACAGAAGAACAGAGUUUUCCAGUCCCUAAGGCAUUUAACGCACACAUAGAAGAAUUAAAUUUAGAUGUCCUUCUUCAGAAGGCAGAUAGUUUACGUAUGGAUGAGUCUAGCAAGAUGGACAGUUUUGAACUACUUUGUGACCACAAAGAAAAGUUUAGAGAUGAAAUAGAGUUUAUUUGGCGGUUUGCUCGUGCUUAUGGAGACAUGUACGAGUUAUCUACAAAUACUCAAGAAAAGAAACAUUAUGCUAAUAUUGGAAAGACGUUAGGUGAAAAAGCUAUUACCAGAGCACCCAUGAAUGGACACUGUCAUCUCUGGUACGCGGUUUUGUGUGGCUACGUAUCUGAGUUUGAGGGCUUACAAAACAAAAUCAACUAUGGACAUCGCUUCAAGGAACAUCUAGAUAAAGCAAUCCAAUUUUUACCUGAAGAACCCUUUUUGUAUUACCUCAAGGGAAGAUACUGUUAUACUGUCUCAAAACUGAGCUGGAUUGAGAAAAAAAUGGCUGCUACUCUGUUUGGAAAAAUACCAUCCUCAACUGUAGAGGAAGCUUUGCAAAAUUUCCUUAAGGUUGAAGAACUACACCCUGGUUUUUCUAAGUCCAAUUACGUGUUCUUGGCCAAGUGUUAUAUCGAUCUUGAACAAAUUGAUGAUGCUGUGAAGUUCUGUGAUUUGGCAGUGUUGCUUCCUUGUGUAACCAAAGAAGAUAGAGAUGCACAGAAAGAGGUGAAGAAAAUAAGCACUUCCUUGAAGAGGUAAAUAAAAGAACUUGCUCUUCAACAAAUCAGAUGUGGUCUACUAAAAUUUAAACUAAUCAAAGUUGUGUUUUUUAUUAUCCUUUUUUCUUUUUUGAUGUAAGGGUAAAUGUGCUCAGAUUUGAAAGUAAAACCACGUUUCUGCAGAAUGCAUUCCAGUAGUAGCACUACAAAACUAAUCAUGUUAUUUGGAGAAAUCUAUUUCCUAUAAUGUCAGUACAAAAUGAUCUUUAAACAUGUAUACUUUAUAUUUUUCCUAUCAAUAAACUGUGGUAUUCAGAAUAUUUCUUUAAAUAAAAUAUUUAAUUUAAUCCCAU